CAAGUCUAGAUUUGUGAAAGUGAGUGAUACCAUUUAAGAUGGGAAAAAAGGCAAGAGAUCCAUUUUCAGCCUCAGAAUAUAGGAAGCAGCGCAGUACGAAGCGAUCCAUUGGAAGGACCCAAAGCUCAACAAGUCUCGCCUCCCUUUGGGAGGGCAUUUCAAUCAUUCGGCGCUCAUUCUUGCCCAAAGUACAGAAUCAGAAAUCAUGGAUUGAAAAGACCUUCUUCAAAAGAGACUGCAUCAAAUUCAUAAAGAGUUCAAGAGACUCUGGAAGGUGUUCCUGUGGCAGACCAGCAAGUUGGCAUGCAACAGAGAUCAAAUCAACAGACAGUCCCAGCCACAUUGAGAGGUGGCACCCCUACUCCCACACAGAAAGCAAACCUACGGAUGCUUAUGGCACCCUAGAAUUCCAGGGGGCACCCCAUCCCAGCAAGGCUCAGUAUGUGAGACUGAGCAGUUUUGAUACCAAAGCUGAGAAUGUGUUACAGCUUCUGACCAAACACUGGGGAUUGGAACUCCCCAAACUUCUUAUCACUGUACAGGGAGGAAUCCUUAACUUUGAUCUCCAGCCCAAAUUAAAGCGGGUCUUCCGAAAAGGACUCCUGAAGGCUGCCAAGACAACAGGGGCCUGGAUAAUAACGGGAGGAACCAAUACUGGUGUUACUAGACACGUUGGGGAUGCUAUCAGUGACCGUACCACUAAACUGAAGAACAAAGUAGUGGCAAUAGGCAUAGCACCAUGGGGAAUUGUGGAAAACAAAGAGGAGCUGAUUGGAAAAGAUGUUGUUGUGCCAUAUCACUGUGUAUCCUCACCUAAAAGUAACUAUGCGGUUUUGAACAGCAACCAUUCCUACUUCCUGUUGGUAGACAAUGGGACUGUUGGAAAAUAUGGAGGGGAAAUUAUAUUCAGGAAAAGACUGGAGAGAUUCAUUGCACAGCAAAAAAUCUCCAUAACCAGUGGUGUGAAGGGGCGUGGUGUACCAGUAAUCUGUGUGGUGCUGGAAGGUGGUGCCAACACCAUCCGCUCUGUUCUGGAGUAUGUGACAGACAAACCACCGGUACCUGUGGUGGUCUGUGAUGGGAGCGGUAGAGCUGCAGAUCUCCUGGCAUUCACACACAAAUAUGCUCAGGAAGAUGGGACAAUGGUCGAGAGUUUGAGAGAUCAGCUCAUUCUCACAAUUCAGAAAACCUUCCAGUAUUCACCAGAGCAAGCGGAAAAAUUAUUUUUGGAACUCAUGCUUUGUGUAAAGAAAAGAGAAUUGAUCACAGUAUUCCGGAUGGGGGAGGGAGCUCAAGAUAUAGACCUGGCCAUAUUAACAGCUCUCCUUAAAGGAACCAAUGCCAGUGCCCCUGAUCAGCUAAGUUUGGCCUUGACCUGGGACAGAGUUGACAUUGCCCGCAGUCACAUUUUCACCUACGGACAGGAAUGGCCGGAGGGAUCUCUGGAACAAGCCAUGAUGGAUGCUCUCAUUAAUGACAGGGUAGACUUUGUCAAGUUGUUGUUGGAGAAUGGAGUCAGUAUGCACACAUUCCUCACCAUACCUAGACUGGAGGAGCUCUAUAACACAAAUACUGCAGGCAAUCUUCACAGUAUUGUGACUGAACUACCUCUGAUACUCGACACAAAGGAAGCUCAGGAGCUUUUCCCUUACCCCUUCCAUGAUCUCAUGAUUUGGGCAGUACUUAUGAAGCGCCAGAAGAUGGCGCUGUUUAUGUGGCAGCAUGGAGAGGAGGCCAUGGCUAAGGCUUUGGUCGCAUGUAAGCUGUACAAGGCCAUGGCUCAUGAAGCAGAUGAAGAUAACCUAGAAGUGGACAUUUCUGAGCAGUUCUUAAACGAUGGAAAGGAGUUUGAGAAAUUGGCCUUGGAGAUGUUGGAACAUUGCUAUAAGAUAGAUGACGACUACACACAGCAGUUGUUGACCUACGAAUUAAAGAACUUCUCGGACCAGACCUGCCUCAGUCUAGCUGUGGAUGCCAUGCAUCAGGAUUUCGUGGCUCACACCUGCUGUCAGACCCUGAUUAACGACCUGUGGAUGGGGGGUCUUAGAAUGAGAAAGAACAGCAGUCUGAAGGUGGUUCUUGGGAUCCUGAUCCCUCCUUAUGCGAUGGCCCUGGAAUUUAAGACUAAGGAGGAGCUACAGCUGAUGCCUCAGACGAUGGAGGAGCACUUAGAGGAGCUGGAGGACGACGACAGUGAUACAGAGGACCUGUCCUUCAGCUCCCUGGACGACGACAACGUCAACGAGUAUUCUGGUGUAUACACCCUUCCUACGUCCCACUCUGUGCCCCGCCUUAGUGUAAACGGACAGCCUAAUGGCCAACUCAAACAGUCCUUAAACAAAUCAAAGAGUAUGUUUUGUGAUGAUAUGACGAUGGAAACAGCUCAAAUAAAUAAGGUUCAGGAGAACGGUAGCUGUCCGGCUGACAACAACAGCGCAUUGGAGUACUCUCAUUUACAGAGCAAGAAAAAAAAGAGCCCACUCAGGCUUGGCAAAAAAAUCUACGAAUUCUACAACUCACCUAUCACCAAGUUCUGGUUCUACACAAUGACCUACUUUGCAUUCCUGGCGGCCUACACGUAUGUGGUGCUAGUGAAGACCUACCCCGAGCCCCAUUGGCCCGAGAUCUUCUUAAUGACCUAUGUGUUCUCCUUGGCUACUGAAAAGUUUAGACAAAUUGUGGCGUCAGAACCUGUGAAGUGCAGUCUGAAGUUACGUGUGUUCUUCAGUCAGUACUGGAACAUCUGGGACAUGGUAGCCAUUUUGAUGUUUUCUACAGCAGUUGGACUUCGAAUGUUUGAUGAAACACGGAAAGCAGCUCGUAUUAUCUACACAUUAAACAUAGUGUUCUUCUACAUACGAAUCCUAGAAAUUCUGUCCGUCAACCAGUAUCUGGGGCCAUAUGUUAAAAUCAUUGGCAAACUGCUGAGGGACAUGUCCUAUUUCCUGAUCAUCAUGUUGUUGGUGGUGAUGAGUUUCGGAAUCAUCCGUCAGGCAGUACAUUUCCAAAAUGAGGAGCCAUCUUGGUUCCUUGUCAGAAACAUGUUCUUCUACCCUUACUGGAUGAUUUAUGGAGAGUUGUUUGCAGAUGAAAUAGACACCUGCACGGACCCUGAACGUCACCCUAAUGGCUGUGUGUAUGGGUCGUGGGUGGCCCCGGCUUGUAUGUUCGUUUUCCUUCUCAUGUCCAAUGUACUCCUGGUUAACCUGCUUAUUGCCAGAUUUAAUGCCACUUUCAUACGAAACAAUGCCAAGUCUCGGGAAAUUUGGAAAUUCCAGCGAUACCAAUUGAUUGUAAAAUAUGAAAUGCGCCCAAUCUUGCCUCCACCUUUCACAAUUAUCAGCCAUAUUUACCUCACAUUCAAGUACAUCAUUCGUCGCUGCAAAGGAAAGAGGGAUUUCUUUGACAAUGGGCUGAAGCUGUUCCUGUCACCUGAUGAUAAGGAGAAACUUCACGAUUUCGAGGAAGAGUGUGUAGAAGACUACUUCCGUUACAAGGAUUACAAAUUCCAGUCCUCCUCAGAUGAACGAAUCAGGGUCAUUAAUGAAAGAGUUGAGAACAUGGCAAUGAGAAUGGAUGAUGUCAAUCAAAAGGAGAACUCUAUCAAGCUUUCUCUACAGACUGUAGAUUAUAGAAUGUCUAAGUUAGAGGAGGUAGCCCUACAGACCAACGAAACCCUGGCCCUGCUGAAAAACUACCUUUCUAGGAACGUCAGACAUUUCAGUGGAGGGUCAGUGGAGAGUCAGGUUCAUGAGCCCAGCUUGGUCAGCCAGGACUCCUUCAUGGACAAUGAUAUUGUAAUCUAUGAUUCAGACACCCCCGCCAAAAUCGACCCUGACCAGGACACCAUAUCCAUGACAACUCCUGUUUUCACUCUGGGCAAGGACUCUCCCAGUCCUACACACAAUGAAUCUAAUUCCACCAUGAGAAGCAUUCCAUCACCAUUGUUAGUUCAUACUAAAAAUCCGGUCAAGGAAGAACAGCUGAAAAAGUUUACAGAUUAUUCCAAGCAUCCGCCCAGUCCUGCCAGACGCAAGUCACUGGAAUACAAUCUGAGCAUAAAGGGCAAGAAAAUGCUCCCUCAGUUACAAGAAUCCAGUCCUAUUAUUGAAUAUGAUGAAAGCCUUCCAUUAACCCAGCGCAGACAUGUUCCAACAGAACUAAAUGUUAACAUAGAGCUGGCUAAUGCAGGUGUCCAUGCUGCGUCUGCUGCCACACAUGCUCCUGAUGCAGAAAUAAACAAAAAUCAGUCAGCAGUAUACACCACAGCAUACAUUACAGCAGAGACAAACAUGACCACUGGGGCGCCGGGGAACAUUUCGUACAACUAUGCUGAAGAUCAGAUGAAGAUGCCUGGUAGUGCCCGCGCUCCCACUUCUCCCAGAAUCUCCAUUACAUCUGCUGUCUAUGGCAACAGUAAAACAAAUCUGCUAAUCCCUGCUUCAGUUUCUCAGAUGACUCCCAUUCUCACUUCGAUCAGUUCCGAGUACACCACCAUCACAGAUGAAAUAGACACUUCCUGUGUGGUGGAUACAAGUCCGUCAGCAAGUCCAACAUCUGCGGGGACAUUUUUCGGGGAGGGAACAACUGAAGGGGAGAAAAAGAGGAAACAAUCUGAAGUUGUGAUCGUGGAAAAUGUUAGAUUAAAAAAUGCAGAGGAACUUCAACAUAAAAAGAUGGAACGCAUUAUACAGCACCGUCUACGUCAAAUUUCUCUGGAUGAAAGUGACAGGAUCAGUGACAUUGCAAAACUUGUAGUCAGUGAAAUGGACACAGAAGGGGGGAGCACAUCCGGACAGGAAGAGGAAGAAGAUUCGGAGGAUAUCCACGGAUCAGUGGAGAGUCUGGUACCUAAUCAAGUCAUGUCUGACGUUAUCGAGAUCAAGAUAAGGAGGCCAUCACAGGAUACAGAACCCCGUGUAUAAUGAUGGCUCUGCUUAGCUCCAAAACUACAUUGCACGAAUUUGUGUACAUAAUUUGUUUUUCAACAUUUUUGUUUAUAUGUGUAAAAUAUGAAUUUGAUUUUUGCUAUAUAUGUAUAUUUUUGCUAUAUAUGUAUAUAUUAUAUAUUAAUUGGUCAAUUGUUCACAGAUAAACUGGGGGAAAAAACCAAAAAUUAUAUCCCCUUUCCAUGCAUAAAAGGGAAAAUUUUGCAUGUUGAAGCCAUGGAAGACAUAUUUGUCAUCAUAUGAAAGAAUACUGCAUUCAUAUAACAAAAUCUGUAGCAGUGUAUUUUUCAAAGAAUUGUUUAGUAAUUUUUUUUUUGGUUUUCAAUUUUACUUAAGUGAAAUGAAACCUUUAUUCAUUUUGAGGCCAACUGAAUAGCUCAGGUGACCUACUGCUAACUGUGGUUGUAAACUCAGUGAGAAAGUAUUUGUCUCUUUUGAAACUGUUGAACAAAUUUCCAAUAUUUUCAAAUUGUAGCAUUAUUAGAGAUAAAGAGGAAACAAAUCAUGAAUUUCAAAGUCCCUGUCCUCAAUGGGUUUAAGCAAGGGCAUCUCUACUCCUGGACACCUACAAAAACUUUUGAAUUCAUGGGCCUAUAGGUUCAAGCUGGUGGAAAGGACUUAAAACAAAGUAACUUAUGCCCUGUUCACACGGAGAGUUUAAUUCGAAUUAAACGUAAAGUUACUGCGAAUUAGCUUCGCUAAAUGUUCACACGGCCAAUUUAAUGCGAAUUAGUUUAAUUCGAAUUAGUUUACUGCGCAUUAAAUUACUUUGCAUUAGCUCUGUGUGAACGCUAAGUGAAGCUAAUUGGAAUUAAAUUCUGACGCAUGCGUAAUGGCAAAAUUAAGUCAAAUGCCACUUGUCGGUGGUCAGCUAUAGGUACUUGUGCUAUUUUUGAGUGAAAAACUAAGGAAAAUUUUGUUAAUCAUUAGAAUGUGUAUACAGACACUUUGCCAUUAUGUCAAAUGGAUUUGCUUCUGCAUAAGGUGACGUGAUUUGCAAAUGACGUCAUAAUAGCCGUGCUGACGCCAGGCUGCAGAAAUAAAAUUUUAAUUCACAUUAGUUUACUUUGCAUUAGCUGUCAUGUGAAUGCAAUUUAAUUUGCAUUAGCUUGAUUCGUAUUAGUUUACUUCGCAUUAAUGUACUGCGAAUUAAACUCUCCGUGUGAACAGGGCAUUAUAUUAGGGGUUUACAAUUUUUGAAGAUGAAAUAAUCUGUCCAUUUAACACAGACAGGUACUGAAUCAAAGUUCAUAGGUUAAGCUGCAAGGGUCUGUUACAACAAUAUUCCAAAGUCAGGUUAUUGUAGGGAAAAGUAUGAAGUUACCCCCAAUGAGAGGGAAACAAUAGGGGUUCCUUGCUGAUGAAACAGUUACCGGUACUCAUGAAAGAUAAUUCAUAAAAAUAUCAGUCUCAUCAAGGACAUGGAGGGGGGAGGGGGCUUUAAAAAAAGUUUUUAUUAAACAGACACCUGAAAAAUGGCAAAGGGGGCACCUGUCUUAAAGAAUCUGUAGAAAUAUUCCUGAUAAUUCACAUGACCAUCGAGGCCUAUGGGCAAAAACAAGUAGUUAGAUUGUGCAGUUUGUUUAUAUCGGAUACUUUGUACAGUUUUUUUGAUUGAUGAGGAGACCUACUGGCUUCUGUAUAUUGGUUUUAUGGGUGUGUAUAGUGCAUUAGAAUACAUUGUUUUAAUAUAACCAUCUGACUGUGAUAAUGCUAUCUUUGUCAUUAAAUCAUAAAAUAAUGUGGACACUACUGAUUUUUACCUCUGUAUUGUAAAAUAUCAAACUGAAAUAUUUAUUCUAAUAAAUACCAUUAACUCGUUCAUUUGUAAUUUAAAUAAAUUCUUAGAUCCCUUUCGAAAAAAAAGAUUACUUGUUGAAAAUGGAGCAUUUUUGCUAUAUUACAAUUGCUCGUAAUAAAAUGUGCUUUAUUUCAUAAUAUCGUUUGUAAUAUACCUGUAUUCUUUUGGUAAAUAUAUUGUGUGACAUUAAAUACAUGUAUAAAUUUUUACUGUCUUCACUGGUGUGUGUAACUUGUGCAUAUUUCUGGAGGAAUGCAUAUUUUUAAUCUGCUUUAUUAUGGUAUAUUUUUAUUCACAAUAAUAUAUUCACAUUUAAUACACAAAUUGUAAAUACAGUGUAUAUCUGUUUUUAAUUUUAUUAUUUUGUUAUGAUGGUGUGUUCUUUAUUAUA